AUGGGUAUCGGACCACCACGUUUAGACAAGUACACGAGAAUUCUCUCUCGACUCUUUGAGUUCCUUGCCCUCUUCCAUAUUCUUAAAAGAGCCAACGGUCCCCAUACCAUCCCGCGACCUCCUACAGACCUGCAAGGCAUAAGGCGAAGGUUUCUUUCAAGUUUGUGCUUUUUUUGCGACUACCAAAAGGGCGGCAAAACAACAACCUCGAUUGCUCUUGAGUCUUUGGACAACGGUGUCGUAUUUUGGAUUGCAUCGAAUGUGACGCCUAAUGAUCGCGUCAUCGAGUUUCUCUCUAUCGUCCUAGAGAACUUGCGAAUAGAACCAAGCUCGACGGAAACAGAAAGAGAAACUCUAAUAGCGACGUUGACAGCUAGAUAUAUCGAAUUUGCGGGUCCAAGAUUUAGAAAAGAACGUGGAAUCCUAAUUCGGUCUACCCGUUCCUGUGAGGCCUACUUAACAGCCAACCUCGAUACUAUUCAGACACCUGGUAAGACAGAAGCGAUCACAAAGGGACAUUUGGCUGACAAUCAAGUAGGAAUUACCGCCUUACUGGACUGGCUACCCCAGUUCUCUGCUGCAACCGACCCUUUAACCCUUUGUCGGGCUGCUUACAAUGCUCGCCAUACUCCUCAGAUGGCAACAUUAGAGGCUUUGCGACAAGAGCUGGCAGUGGCCCCACAAGGAACAGCAGACGCAUUUCGCUCCGUCAAGCAUCUUGUUGGCCGUCUGGCUGAGAAGAUUCGCACACCUAUCAAUCUCGUCAAUGACUAUCGUCUACUGAGACCGCUUCUAGACUCCUACGAAAUCAGAAGAGUGGAAGCCCCCGUUGCAGCAAAGAUACCUAUGACAGACGGUUUGAGAAACCUGGAUUCUAUAAUCGUGAGAAUGCUCCCAGCCGGCGACCCACGUCUGGGGGACAUGCAAACGUAUCUUGGGCAGUUGGACGGCUCAAUGCGGCUUGAAGAUGCGAUCAGGGCUCUGCACGACGAUGAAACAAAUCAUAAUGUCCAUGCAGAGAUCCAGAUUCUCGAAGACUUUCAUCGCAAUCGACGCGAAUUUGUGGGCCAUGAUCGUUACAUAGCCUGUAGCAAGCUCGCUUGUUUGUGCUGCAAACUAUACUUCAAAUGGCAUCCGGGCAGAUUUGUUGAACCUGAAUCUCACCAAAAGUCGUAUCUCAGUUGGCGUCCUAUCGAUCUACCUGAGGGUAAAGAGAGUCAGCACUGGCCAGACCAGCGUCGCGUUCUGGCAAAUCUUAGCAAAGAGCUAAGCAACCUUGUAGAGGAGCAGAUUAUAACUCAACAGCAACCAACUCCAUGGCAGCCAGACUCGGUAACAAACAUCACUGCAGUCAUGGGAUCUGUCGCACUUUCUGAAGUUGGAGAAGCGUUUGAGAGCGGUGAUGGAGGAAGUAAUGUUACAGAUUCUGACUCACUGGCGCAUCUCAAUGAUGAUGAGAUUGUUGCCAACACUGAUAAUGAGUCUGGAGAUAGUGACGAGGAGUCGGAUGGAGGUGUAGGUUUGGGAGACUGA